AUGCAUGACUCGCCCAUUUUAUCAGCACUAUCUGCACCAGCUGACCCUAUACGGAGAAAGAUAUUAUUGGUUGGAGAUACGGGUUGUGCCAUAGCAUGCCUUGCCGGCGCAUGGACGUCGAGCAAGCACUCAAAUCCAUUCCCAGCAGCGUCUGUAACGCCAGAGGUGAGGAAGAAAGCCAUCAAUAUCAAAGGCCGUCAGAUUGAUUUGGAUGUAUGGGAAAUCAAGCCUACGCAUUUGCUAGGAAGAUUGCUUCCUCAUUCCCCUACGACCACUCAUAUGCUAUUGAUCUGUGUCGCCACCAACAGGCCUAGUCAAUUCAGAAAUACAGCGUUGAUGUGGAGCGCGGAAGCCCGAGAACAUCUUCCUGGUGUGCCAACAAUACUUGUCGGAUGCAGGAAAUACCCCUCCCCAAUAAAAACAAAGAGCGAAUAUGAGAGAUGGAUGAAACUGCAAAACCUGGCACUUUUGUCUUCUCGCGACGGUGAUAGUAUGGCAGCGAGCAUAGAUGCAUUAGCAUACUUUGAGAUAUCGUCAAUCGAAAGCCAAGUCUCAUCGGAUCUGUUUGACUUUGUUGGAGAAUAUAUGUUGAGACAUACAACAGAAUAA